UCGCGAGCAGGUGGCCGGGAUUGUCGCACGGCUUCGACGCGCGGGAAGGAAAAAAAGUCGUGUUGAGUCGGUGACGAGAGAGAAAUUUGUUUUUUCUGACUUGGCAAUACACACGCAACGUUCUUUUUAUUCGUUUUUCUUUUUCUCAUCGCGCUCGCGAGCUGGCUAUGGCGUCGUCGGCGACGCUUUGGAUGUGGCCGGUUAUUCUCCUGUUCGCCGGCAGCACCUACUCACAGGACAUCACAGGCUGCCGGUUCCCCGGCGCGCCGGCGCACUCCUCGGUGUUCUUCUCGGACGAGCGGCUGGUGGCCGGAGCCGUGGCCACGUACGCCUGCGAGCGGGGCUUCGAGCUGCUGGGGCCGUCGCGGCGCGUGUGCGGCGAGGACGGCCGCUGGAGUCCCGAGGGCAUCCCCUUCUGCGUGCUGAACGUGGCGGCGGGCAAGGCGCCCAUGCAGAUCAGCACGGACCAGGGCGGGGUGCCGCAGAAGGCCAUCGACGGCAGCACGUCGUCCUUCUUCAGCGCCGACACGUGCACGCUGACCAAGCCGGAGCGCGUGCCCUGGUGGUACGUCAACCUGCUGGAGCCCUACAUGGUGCAGCUGGUGCGCCUCGACUUCGGCAACAACCAGGAGGCGACGAUCGUGGUGCGCGUGGGCAACAACCGGCCCGACCUGGGCACCAACCCCAUCUGCAACCGCUUCAGCGGCUCCCUGGAGGAGGGCAAGCCCCUGUUCCUGCCCUGCAACCCGCCCAUGCCGGGCGCCUUCGUCAGCGUGCACCUGGAGGACGCCGGCGGCUCGAGUCGGCUGUCCGUGUGCGAGGCCUUCGUCUACACGGACCAGGCGCUGCCCAUCGAGCGGUGCCCCCAGUUCAGGGACCAGCCGCCGGGCAGCACUGCCACCUACAACGGCAAGUGCUACAUCUUCUACAACCGCCAGCCCUUGACCUUCAAGGACUCGCUGUCCUUCUGCAAGAGCCGCGGCGGCACCUUGGUGGACGAGAGCAACCCGGCGCUGCAAGGCUUCAUCAGCUGGGAGCUGUGGAGGCGCCACAGGAGCGACACCACCAGCCAGUACUGGAUGGGUGCCGUGCGGGAUCCCCAGGACCGCAACAACUGGAAGUGGAUCAGCGGCGAGGACGUCAGCGUGUCCUUCUGGAACCUCCCGGGCGGCAACGAGAACUGCGCGCGCUUCGACGGCUCCAAGGGCUGGCUCUGGUCGGACACCAACUGCAACACGAACCUCAACUUCAUCUGCCAGCACCAGCCGAAGGCCUGCGGACGACCGGAGCAGCCUCCCAACUCCACGAUGAUAGCCAAGAACUUCAACGUCGGCUCGGCCAUCGAGUACAACUGCGACGAGGGCCACCUUCUGGUGGGGCCCGCCUUGCGUACCUGCCUGCCCACCGGCUUCUACAACGAGUUCCCGCCCGUCUGCAAGCGCAUAGAGUGUGGCUUCCCGGCGGAGAUCCCCAACGGCUUCUACCAGCUGGUCAACGGCACGGUGGGCUACCUGAGCCAGGUGGUGUACUCGUGCGAGGAGGGCUACGAGAUGACGGGACGCGCCCAGCUCAUGUGCGACAUUGACGAGCGGUGGAACGGCCCGCCGCCUCGCUGCCAGCCCGUCGAGUGCGGUGAGCCGCCGGCCAUCGCCCACGGCAGGUUCGCGGUGAGGGACAACGCGACGACGACGGCGGGCGCGGUCGUGGAGUACUCCUGCGUCUCCCCCGCGACGCACAGGCUGGUCGGGCCCAGGACCAUCACCUGCCUGCCGAGCGGACUCUACGACAAGGAGCCCCCCGCGUGCAAGGAGGAGGCGAAGGCCGCGGGCGUCGCGCCGGGGCCGAGCCCCGGGAAGCAGCCGGCGGCGGCGGGGCGGACCCCCCAGAAGCCCGGCGUCGCCAGCAGCCCCGCUCCGCCGGCCCGGCCCGGCAGGAGGCCGGACAGCGCUGCGGAGGGCUCCGCGAGGUUGCCCGGCCUGGCGGCUGUCCCUCCUCCCCCUCUUCCCCCUCCGUCGUCACCCCCGCCGCCGCCGCAGGAAGAGAACGAGAUCCCGGACGGCGCGAACCGGCGCGCGGACCCGGGGGAGGAGCGGCGCGAGGCAGUCGGCGCCCGCCUCAACCUGGGUGCGAUAAUUGCAUUGGGAGUGUUCGGAGGAUUUGUGUUCCUGGCCGCUAUCAUAACAACAGUCGUGAUUCUGAUAAGAAGGAGCCGGAGCGCCAAGCACUACCGCCACCGCGCCUCCCCCGACUGCAACACGGUGGCGUCGUUCGACUCGUCGGGCUCGGAGAGCCGCAGCGGGCUGAACCGCUACUACCGCCAGGCGUGGGAGAACCUGCACCAGUCGGCGGGCGGCGCCAAGGGGACGCCGGCGGCGCCAAUGCGCAAGGAGGCGGCGCCACCCGGGGACCAGGCGCCGCCGGCGCGGCGCUACCACAACCUUCCCCCGCCGGCGCGGGAGGGGCUUCGCGACGGGGGGGAGCUGGUCGUGGCAGACGUCGUCCCGCCCAAGCCCUCGGCCGUCGCCGCCGCAGAGAAGAGGCGCCACCACCACCACCACCACCAUCACCACCACCAGCAGCAGCAGCAGGGCGGCGCCACCGAGUGGCGCCAGCCGCACGGGCGCCCCCAGCACAAGGCCAGGUACUGAGCGGGCACGCUUCCCGCCUCCCGCCUCCGACCGUGCAACUGACGAGGGAGACAGACCGGUCCCGGGCCGCCCGAAUUCACUGACGGUCAGUCAGCUGGUGCAAGCGACGGGUAUGUGAAGAUUCAAGUCUAAAGAAUUAAUUUUCAAACUGCCCAAAUCAGCAGACAUGUGCGAAUAUGAUUUGAAUACAAACAUCUAAAUAUUCUCCGACAUCAAUUCCAAAUAGCAGAAAAGUUAAAUUUUGUUUUACUUGUGUUAUGUUUUCAUGCAGCUGCAAUAGCUAUUUCACAUUAAUGGUUAAUACCUUUUAAUACACAACUUUGAACGAAAAUACGCUAUCAUAUUUUUUUUAUUUGUUGGAUUUGCUGGUUUUUCAACUUUAUCAAAAAAAAAAUUUCCAGAUUGCAAACUGUCCGGAACUUCAGCCUUUCUGUUGUUUACUGCGCAGGUGCUGACGUAAAGCGUGGUUAGUUAUAACGAGUCUACUAGCAUAUUUAAACUGUGUAAGUUUAUAUUGAACCAAAAUUUACUCUCAAACUUAAUGUCUGUCCAUCGUUAUAUCAGCAACAGUGGAAUAAAAUAAAAAUCUAAUAUUUGUUAUUUUGAGUACAAAGUAUUUGAAAUUGAAUGAAAUAAUAAAAUAAUAUUCAUUUUGGUAUUCGCACCGGCAUGUCUUUCCUUAUCAGAAAAUUAAAGUUAUUACUCAUCAUGACCUUUAAAUUAAAAGUGGAAUAAAAUCGAUUUUAAAUCAUCCAGAUAUUGGGAACAAACUGAAUCUCUUAUAAAACCAUUUUGAAGGGUUAUUCGGUGCUAUUAAUUUUAAGCGCUCAAGUAUUGAUUUUUAAAAUUUUUUUUUUUUAUUGGUGCUUAGAUUUGCAAGAACAUGUUGGAUGGUUGGUGUUUCAAUAUGGAUGCACUGCAUCCCUAGUAAACAAUACUACGUGCAUUAGUUUACUAAUAGUGCUCCCAGCAGAGAUGCUUAUUAUUAAAUGUUAAGUAGUAAAUUAAUGCGGAAACUAUUUGAUUGCACCUGUAAUGGAAGUGCUGACACUUAGCGGAUUGAAACUCGGAUGUACAAAGGGCUACAGGUCACCAAUGUUGGGGGUCAAAAAGUUUUUCUCGUUGCGCGUCCGCGGACCCGGUCUGUCUUCGUCUUCAGUCCACGGAAACGAGCGUGCUUCUAUUUAUUAUCGCCGUCAGGCCCUGGAUAUUUCCGCAAGGAACCGUUCAAGGGGGGAAAAAAUGAUUAAAUCAAGUGUUCACAACAGACUGGUAAAUUAAUAUUUUAUUAUACAUGACCAUCUCAUGUCUUGUUUUAAGCAUGAAGUUGACAAAAAAAAAAAGUGUACUGCUCCCAAACCAAUAUUUCAAAAUGUUAUUUUAGUAUUUAUUUUACUCUGAUUUGACUGUACAAACUUGCGUAAAAUAAUUUGAUAAGAUGUUUUUAACUAUGUUUGUAAAUACUUGUACAUAAGUGUAGUUCAGUAUUCUUUUUUUUUUAUUAAUAUACAUUUUGUACUGCACACUUAUCUCAAGAGCACUAGUACAGUAACUAAUAUAAUUAUGCUACUGAAACACAGACUGAUCAAAUUUAAUAGAAAUAGACGACACCACAAAACCGCACACUGGAGCAUAUGAUAAUUAAUAAUAAUUUACUUUUGUUAGGCCAGAUGUAUAAACUACACAAGCAUUGUACGCAAUGAUUCAAUACAACAUGCAACCAACGCAUCAAAAUCUCUAGUUUAUAUAAAGCACAAAAGUCAUUAGACGUCACAAACCUUACAACUUUAAAUUGUAAAAUGGUAGAAAAUAAAUUUUUUUCCAGUCUUCUUAUGAUUUAUAAUGUUCGUAGUAAAACCAUAUGAAAUUGCCAAUGAUUUGAUUUAAAUGUGUUACUUUCAUUCACUGUGCGAAAGUUUGUGUAAAAAUGUGAUGUUUAUAAUUUAAAAAAAAAGUAAUUAUUUAAUUAUAUUCACACAACAUCUGCAUCUUUAAGAGUUUUUCGGGACACUUCAAUUCCGGUGUGGGCAGCGGAAAUGCAAUCCGCAACGCAAGACGUUGAAAGUUGGCCAAUGCUUGCGUAGUUUAUUAACCCGGCCUUAACGUAAAACUUUGUGAAUGUAAAACUUAUGAAUAGCAGACAAAUAAUCUGCAAGAGUUGAAUGCCUCGGACUUGCUUUGACGGGUCUACGGACGCUUUUCCGAACUUGAAGAUGUAGUUUUAGAUGCAGCCAUGAUAUACCACAACUUACGUAAUAUGAAUCAAGGCAAGGCUGAUGCAAUUCAUGUAGAUUAUAAAACCAUGAUAAAAUAUGCAUUUAAAAAAGUUUUAAUUUUUUUGUAUUUGAAACAUGAAAUCCACACCCUAUUACGGAAAAUAUUUUCCAUAAAAAUAUAUUAUCUUUAAACAAAAAGCGGUAUAAAAAUAGUUUUAAAAUUAUGUAACAGAAUACAAAUAUUAUUUAGUUUUUAAUACAUGUCAAAACUUUUAAAACUUCAACUUGCAGACACUUAGAUAUUUUAUUACCAUAAACAUAAGCUUGAGCUAACUGCAAGGUGGCUACACAUGAUAAUAAAUUAAGCUGUAUUUUAUUCGAGUUAUAAAUUGUAUUGAAUAUAAAAUUUAAACUGUUUUGAAAAAUAUCUGUUUAAAAAUUGUGCAAUUAUUUAAGAAUAUCAAAAUUUUGUUUGGUUGCAAAAAUUAAUAAAUUAAUAGAACAAUCUUUUCUCUACAGACUUAAGCGUGGAAAUAUUUGUGGUGUUAGGUCUCAUUUAUCACAUCUCUGUCAUAUUAAACCCAGUUUUAAGUUUUAUUUAAUUUGGUAAGUGCUUUGAGUGAAGUCAUGCAAAAUGUUCUGUGUAAACUGAAAUUUAAGCAUUUGAAUUGUAUAUAUGAAUGUAAUGACAUUAUUUUUGAAUAAAAUUAAUUUUUGUAAUCUA